CUCUCCCCAUCGCUCUCUUCUUCACACCUUAUGCUCCCUCUAAUUGUUUGAAUUUUUUUGAAAAAAAACAAAGAGAGAGGAGAGGAGCGAGUUCACUGUGAGCUUCGCGUUCGCAUUUUUGUCGAUUUAAUCGGUGAAGAUAAUCCUCCAAAAUUUCCAAUCCGGAGCACUUUUCUUCAAAGUUUACGUUGGGAAUUUUGGUGGGGAAGGGUUUAUGAACGAAACCCUCGGCGGAGGCCGCCAUGUUCACUGAGGGGCUCGAUCCAAACGCGCUUCGAUGGGUUCGCGAGGGCCAGGGUUCGGUUUCGAGGCAGCAGAACCGGAUCGACCCCUUUCGCAGCAUCCGCAAUGGCGGUGGAGGCGGACGAGGGCUUGGCGUCCCGCCGCCAGAGAAGUUUCGGAGUGGCCACCUGCCAAAAGCUGCGAUGCCCAUUUCCCACGCCAUCCGCACGGAGGACGUCGAGAGCGGCUCCGGAUCCGACAUGGAUGAGUCCUCCGACACCGAGGCGGAGAAUUACGUUGGGAGGUAUUCCAUUGACUCAUCCUCGCGAGACGAUGAUAACCCUAAUGGGUCUUCAAGGAGAUCAGGAAUUGGUAACCGGUAUGUGCGGCCAGUCUCAGCGCCGCGAUACUAUUCGAGCGAUGGGUACUCCGAUAUCAGUUCGUCGAGGGACACUGCUCCCCGGCAGCAGCAGCCACAGCAGUUCAAGAAGCCGGUUCGGGUGAAUGGGUAUGUAGAGGAGGAGGAGGAGCUCUCGGAUUCAGGCGGUAGCUCGGAAUUUUCAAGUCAGGCGAGGGUCCCUAAUGGGGGCAGUUAUGUUAGGGAGACUUACUCUCGUGAUCGUCCGAUCCAUGGAGGCGUAAAUGGGGCUUCGCGAGGAAUCAACCCUGCGGAGAACUACAACCGGAAUGUGCCCUUCAGAGAAGCUGCAAAUGUUGCAGCUGAUAAAGCCAGUGUUACUUCACAAGGGAAUUACCAGUCAGAUAACUACUCUCACCGCGCUCCCUUCAGAGAUAAUAUGAAAGUUCCCUCUAACAUGAAUGGUUUUACUGGUGUUCCCAGUGCACCACCUAUACAUGGCUGUGAUGAAGAAAUUUCCCAAGCUACUGAUCAAAUAUCAGCCGCCAGAUCUUGCUGUACUCGAACUAUUGGAUCUAAUAGUUCAACUUUAGGAAAGGAGCCAAGUUCUCAUGUUAAUGAAGGAAGCAAUAUACCUGACCAAAAUUCGAGGACUACACUAGGUGGUGCAGAAGUUGGUGCAUCCUCUAGUUCAUUACCUGCUAAAGUUCCCACUUUUCAUGCCAGUGGACAAGGACCUUGGCACUCUGUGAUUGCAUAUGAUGCAUGUGUUCGAUUAUGCCUUCAUUCAUGGGCUAGAGGCUGCAUGGAAGCUCCCAUUUUUCUGGAAAAUGAAUGUGCACUGUUGCGAAGUACAUUUGGCUUGCAGCAAAUCUUGCUACAAUCAGAGGAGGAGCUGCUGGCCAAGCGGACAUCAGAGCUCAGCAGUGAAGGAGCUGCACCAAAGCCCAAGAAAACAAUUGGCAAGCUGAAGGUCCAAGUUCGUAAAGUUAGAAUGUCGCUGGAUAUGCCUUCUGGAUGCAGUUUCUCAUCAUUGAGAAGCCCAGUGGUAAAAAUUGAGACACUUCGGUAUCGUUUGUCCAAUGUACAGUCAACUCUCUCAUCAGGAUGGGAGUCACUUCGGAAAGUACGUGUUUUACCGCACCUCCCUGCUAAUAGUUCCUUCUCAAGGCAUAGCUUGGCAUAUAUGCAUGCGAGUGCUCAGUACAUUAAACAAGUAUCUGGGCUUCUUAAAGUUGGAGUCACUACUCUGCGCAGCAGUUCAUCGUAUGAAAUUGUACAAGAAACAUACUCUUGCCAGUUGAGGCUCAAAAGUUCAGCUGAAGAUAGCUGUGUUCGGAUGCAACCUGGAUCUGGUGAAACACAUGUUUUCUUCCCUGACAGCUUAGGAGAUGAUCUAAUUAUUGACAUCUAUGAUUCCAAAGGAAAGUCUUGUGGUCGUGUCGUAGGUCAAGUAGCUAGCAUUGCUGAGGAUCCGACAAACAAACUUCGCUGGUGGUCGAUAUAUCGUGAACCAGAACAUGAACUUGUCGGCCGAAUACAACUGUAUGCAAAUUAUACAACUACUCUUGAUGAGAACGGCAAUUUGAAGUAUGGCUCUGUUGCAGAGACUGUGGCAUAUGAUAUUGUUCUUGAAGUAGCUAUGAAAACCCAGCAUUUUCAACAAAGAAACUUGUUGUUGCAUGGAUCUUGGAAAUGGUUAUUGACAGAAUUUGCAUCUUAUUAUGGAGUUUCAGAUGCUUACACCAAAUUAAGGUACCUUUCAUAUGUUAUGGAUGUGGCAACCCCCACAGAGGACUGUCUUACGCUGGUUCAUGAUCUGCUGCUUCCGGUAGUUAUGAAGAGCCGUAGUAACAAUACAUUGAGUCAUCAAGAGAACCGCAUUCUUGGAGAAAUCAAGGAGCAGAUUGAACAUAAUUUGGAGAUGCUUUUCGAGAAUUACAAGUCAUUAGAUGAGUCUUUACCUUCGGGAAUGGUGGAAGGUUUUAGGCCUGCUACCGGAUUGCCAGCACCAGCACUAGCACCGGCAGUGAAGUUGUAUAAUCUUCUCUAUGACAUUUUAUCUCCUGAAGCCCAACUAAAGCUGUGCAAAUAUUUCCAGGCUGCUGCUAAGAAGAGAGCUAGGAGGCACUUGCUUGAGACUGAUGAGUAUGUUGCAGGGAACACUGAAUGCAAUCUGAUGGAUGUUGUGACUUAUUCUACUGCUUACCAGAAAAUGAGAGCGUUGUGCUUCAAUAUUCGAAAUGAGAUAUCUACUGACAUUGAAAUUCAUAAUCAGCAUGUACUUCCUAGUUUUGUCGACCUUCCAAAUUUAGCUGCAUCCAUUUACAGUGUCGAGCUUUCUAGUAGACUGCGCGCAUUCCUAGUUGCAUGUCCUCCAACUGGCCCUUCGUCACCAGUGGCUGAUCUUGUGAUUGCAACUGCUGAGUUUCAGAAGGAUCUUGCUAGUUGGAACAUAUGCCCCAUUAAAGGAGGUGUUGAUGCUAAGGAGUUGUUCCACUUGUAUAUUAUAUUAUGGAUUCAAGAUAAGCGCCUCAGUUUACUUGAGUCUUGCAAGUUAGAUAAGCAGGUGAAAUGGUCAGGAGUUCGGACACAGCAUAUGACAACACCAUUUGUUGAUGAUAUGUACGAGCAACUAAAGAAUACAUUGCUGGAAUAUGAAGUCAUCAUUUGCCGUUGGCCAGAAUACAUUUUCGCUCUCGAGAAUGCUAUUGCAGAUGUUGAGAAGGCAGUGAUUGAAGCUCUGGAGAAACAGUAUGCAGAUGUUUUGGCUCCUCUGAAGGAUAGUAUGACACCUAAAAAAUUUGGCCUCAAAUAUGUUCAUAAACUUGCCAAACGCAAUUCAAUAUCCCCUUAUAUUGUGCCUGACGAACUAGGUAUUCUUUUGAAUACGAUGAAAAGACUGCUUGAUGUGCUGCGGCCUAAAAUAGAAGCCCAAUUAAAAUCUUGGGGUUCUUGUAUGCCUGAUGGUGGAAAUGCAGUUGCUGGAGAUUGCCUCAAUGAAGUAACGGUAACUCUGAGAGCUAAGUUCAGAAAUUACUUGCAAGCUGUUGUGGAGAAACUUGCAGAAAAUACUCGUUUGCAGAGCAACACAAAGCUUAAGAAGAUUAUUCAGGACUCAAAGGACAUGAUUAUGGAAUCAGACAUUCGGAGCAGAAUGCAACCGUUAAAGGAUCAGCUUGUAGAAACUAUUAAUCAUGUCCGUACUGUAUUUGGGGUUCAUGUAUUUGUGGCCGUAUGCCGAGGGUUUUGGGAUAGAUUGGGUCAAGAUGUUCUUAGUUUCUUGGAGAACCGGAAAGAGAAUCGCUCUUGGUAUAAAGGUGCAAGAGUCACGGUUGCUGUAUUGGAUGAUACAUUUGCAUCCCAGAUGCAACAGCUGCUUGGCAAUGCACUGCAAGAGAAAGAUCUGGAACCUCCUAGAUCAAGCAUGGAAGUGCGUUCGAUGCUUUGCAAGGAUGCGGCAGUUAAGAAGGAUUCCAAUUUCUACUAUUAAGAGUGGGCAAAUGUAUAUAAUGAGUUCUUGGCAUGAAUCAGAAGCUUGAAAUGCAGCGGCGAGGUGAGAAAUAUAUAUUAACUAUAUUGGAGUUGUUUUGAUCAGGAAGAUUCAUAUACACAACUGAACCUGCUCGAUGCAGAAGUGAACGUCAGUCCAUGCAAAGCAAGAAUUGCUAGGGUAAGGCUGAGAAAGACCACAUUUUGAGCCUUUUUCUUUUGGGUUUUGCGAAGAUUUCGACUUUACUCCGUUUUCCAAUUCCUCUUGGAUGGUCACCUGUUUCUCUUUUUUUUCUUUUUUUUUUUUUUUUUUGUACUAUAAGAAAUAUAAGUAUAAUGGAAAUUAUGGGACUCGUAAAUGUUGUUAUAAAUAUGUCAAAGAAUGUAACGCAAUAAUUAUCGUAGUUUAUUAUCAUUCCAUAGUAAUGUGUCAUGGACCCGUGUAGAUGAUGAAGAAAUCAGAUUAGCAGAUUGAUAUAAUACUCGUGUCUGAUUAUUGAUUUUUGGA